AUGCCGAAGCCACGUACGAAGCGACAAGCUAUCCGCGAUGAGAGGAAAGCGAAGCGACGUGAAAAAGCCUUAGCUGCUGAAGAAGUCAGCAAAGCUGCGAAAAAGCGGCGCCUAAACGAAACAGAUGGUGACGAUACCGCCGCCCUCCAGGAAGCUGUCUUUCAAGAUGAAUACAAUCAAGCUGGUCCUCGGAUCGGCGGACCACCACAAGCCGACCGCGAGUUCUUUGGUAUGCUAUCGGAUCAAGAACAGGAAUACUUUCGUUCCGUCGACGAGCAGCUCGAUAUAGACGACUUCCCCUCUCAGGAAGAACGACAACUAUACCUCGCCAGUGUUUUUACCGAAGCACAGGGAAAGGAGCUAAAACUAGCAUGUAGUCAGUCAUGCUCGCGGUUGAUGGAGCGGUUAAUAUUGAUGUCCAACACGAGACAGAAAAAGAAGCUAUUCGCCCAGUUCGGCGGCCACUUCUUAAAUCUCAUCCAACACCGCUUUGCAAGUCAUUGUUGCGAGACCCUAUUCUUGCAAUCAGCACCUAUAGUUACUAGGGAACUUGGAGGUGAACGUGACGAUGCUCUCACUGAGCAAGAUGACCCAAGCGAAGUACCCCUGCCUUUUAUGGAAGAACUAUUCCUGCUCACUCUGGACGAGCUCGAGGGCCACCUCGGCUAUCUACUUGCGGACAAAUUUGCUUCUCAUACUCUUCGGGUGCUGUUAAUCAUCCUGUCCGGGCGUCCAUUGGAGCAGUCACAGACCAAAUCUCUUAUUCACAGCAAGAAGAAGGAAAAGAUAUCAGUCCCUUGGACAUCUGAUGGAUCAACUGACUUAAACGUCCAAUUACGAGCCGUGCCUAUGUCAUUCAAUCUGGCCGCUAAAAAGAUCAUCGCCGAUUCAGUCUCUGGUCUGAGUACCACGGAGCUCCGAGUAUUAGCGACGCAUCCUACUGGAAACCCCGUUCUACAAUUACUUCUGGAGCUAGACGUCAGUCUAAAUUCCAAGGCAAGCGAAGACAGCUCGGAAGACAUGACGCUCCUAUGGAAGCUUUUACCUGGAGCUCCGUCUUCGUUAAAGGAUGCCACUACACCGGCGUCGGAUUUUGUCAAUUCAAUGUUGUACGACCAUAUUGGUUCACGCCUCCUUGAGGCCCUCAUUACCCACUGUCCAGGAAGAGUCUUCAAGGCUCUAUACAAACAUAUAUUCGGAACUCGUAUCAACAGUCUUCUGCGUAACGAUAUCGCGUCCUAUCCGGCCAUUCGUGUCCUCAAUCGACUUGGUAAAGAGGAUUUAAUAGCCGCCGUCCAUAAGACUUUACCAGACUUUAGCAAGCUUGUCGCGCUGUCAAGAUUCAACGUGAUCAAGACCUUUUUCGAACGGUGCCAAGCGCGCCAAGCCGACAGUGAGAUAGAUAGCUUAACGAGGGCUUUGGUUGAAGCUUUUGGAUCAGAUCCCAACUCACUAGUUCCUAAGCUUUGCUUUCUGCAGUCAUCAGAAACAGAUGAUAAGAAAGACCAAGAAUUGCCCCAAAAGAAUCGUUCAGCUUUAGUGUCUCACGGCGCUCAGUUGACAACAACGAUGCUUGCUAUACCUGGGUAUCCUUCAAGCACAGUUCAAAAGUCUAUCGCCUCUCUACCAGAGGAACUUAUCGUCCAACUUGCAACAUCCUCAGCGCCGACGUCCUAUGUCUUGACCAAUGCGUUAUCAACCCCGUCGAAGAAUAAAGUAUUCCACAAGACAUUAGUUGCAGCCCUACGAUCACACUCAUUCGAACUGGCUACAUCAGAGUACGGGAACAAGGUCAUUAAUUCAAUUGUUUCUAUCCCUUCAAAAGGUGACGGGAUAUCCAUACCUUUUCACUUUAAAGAAUUCAUUAUGGAACAGUUAGGCCAGCAUGAACAAGAAUUACGGGACUCGUUUGAAGGCCGACGGACUUGGAGGACUUGGAAAGGUGACCUGUGGAGGAAUAGAAGGAGGGAUUGGAUCUCCUGGGCUAAGGAGCUCGACUCCUCGACGGAGCAAGCAGUAAUGAGACCUCCAAAGUGGGAUGGUGUCAACGGCUAUGGUGCUAGAGAUGCGGUGAACAGUAAUGAUCAUAUAAAGAAACGAAAGCGGAGCCUAGAUAACGCCUUGUAG